AUGAGCAAGCGCAGGCCGGAGGCGGUCGCGCUGCUGGAGGCGAACACACGAGAACGGGACCCCACGCUCUCGCUGGCCAAGUGUCAGCUGACGGCGGUGCCCCUGGACGUUCUUCGUCUUGCUCACGACCUGCACGCGCUCGACCUGUCGGCCAACAAGCUGCGACGGCUUGCCUUUGCAGAGGAGGAUUUGCUGAUGGCAUCUUCGGCCGACGGGCCGGAGGCGAAGGACCAGAAGAUAGACGAAGAACGGAUGAAGAGGGUGGUAGGAGCCAUACGCGAGUUGAAUCUCUCGCUCAACAAGCUGCAGGGUAAAGAUUCCGAGUCCAUCUCUCAUCUCCGCUACUGGACCGGUCUUCUUCGGCUCGACCUUUCAGGCAACGGCCUUCAACAUCUGCCGGCAGACUUUUGGGGCGUGCUUCCGGCUGGGCUCGCCGAGCUCAAGCUGUCGUACAAUUGCCUUUCCGAGCUGCCCGCCCCGCCUCACAGGGACGACGACAACAGCACGACUGCGGCAGCCGAUGGCGACCGCGCACCGACGCUGCUGUUGCCGCCUUCCUCCCUCUCCACGCUGCACAUCGACUGCAACGGACUGAAGAGUCUGCCGGCGACGCUGCCGCUGCACUGCCCGAACCUCACACAGCUCUUCUGCAGCGACAACGCGCUGAAGGCCAUCCCGGCCUCGUUCGUUGCCUUUCGCAGCCUGACGCACCUCGACCUGUCGGGCAACCGCAUCUCUGUGCUCCCCGCCGAACCCCACUUCUACGCCAACCUCGCGAGCAGCCUCGUCCACAUGAACCUCAAGGACAACGCGCUCACCUCGCUGCCGCCCGCUCUGUCGGUGCUGACGUCGCUCGAAGUGCUGGACCUGCGGAAGAAUCGGAUCGACGAUGUUCUCACGGAGACGCUGGAGAUCCCAUCACUGUGCGUGCUUGAUCUAUCGUGCAACAAGCUCAAGCAGAUCGGACUCUCAGAACGAUUGACGCGGCUCGAAACGCUCCGAUUAGAGCACAAUCAGUUGCUGAGCUUGCCUUCAUCUAUCGGCUCCUUCACUUCGCUACUGCGGCUCUACGCACACGACAACAAGAUGGAGCGGUUACCCGAUGAAAUCGUCAAUCUUACACAGUUGCAGGAACUUGACGUGGGCCGAAACAAGUUGGUUGAUGUACCCCAGGCGCUGGACGAUAUGAAGCGACUACCCACCCUGCAGUAUUACAGGAAAUCGCUCCCUGAUGAAGUCAUUCCCGGCCUCUACAUCGGUGGCACUGAGAGCGCUGCCCACUUGCCGGCACUGCUCCACCGAAAGAUCAAAGUCAUCGUGCAGUUGGUCGUGGAGAGCGAGCAACACUUCCCGGACCAGUUUGACUAUCUCACCUACAGGAUAUCGGACCACCCCACAUCGCACCUCGAAUUCCUGCGUCUUUGGUCGCGCUAA